AUAUAACUCGCAGUGCGAAUCGCGAAACGAUCUCACUUUUAGAUAUUCCUUCAACUUAACAAGUUUAGUCAGGUGUGUGGAGCUGAGAAGGAGGAACUCUUAACACAGAUUCGUUUUUAUUUACACCCACGCCAAAGGAAACACAAGAUUCUAAAAGCCCAAAAAUGUGGAAAUAUUCCUCCCUCGCCCUCCUCUUUCUCACCUGCUUCGUCCUCACCACUGUCGAAAGCUCACCCCAAAACGGCUUUGGUCACGCCCUCCCCAGUCCCAUCAUGUCCAUGCCUUGCCAACGAAAUCAACAAUGCACCGACAAAUUCCCCGAUUCGGAUUGUCGGAACGGGAUCUUUUGCCAGUGUCAGAAAGGCUUCUUGGAGGAUUUUGAUAAAUGCCUCCCCGUCAUUUUGGACUUGACGACGGAGUGCAAAAUCAACGCGCAGUGCGCCAUGGGGCCGCUCGGAAACUUGUCGCGCUGUAAUGAGGACACACACCACUGCGAAUGCUACGACACGGUGGGGCACGGGAAGAACUCGACGGCGCACGGGGUGCACACGUGCUACUACAGAAAAGCGCUGGGGGACCGGUGUGACCUGAAUGAGGAGUGUAAAGCGUCCAUCAGACCGGAGGAGGAUGUCAGGUGCGACGUGAGGCAGCGCGCGUGUCUCUGCGCGGAUGGGAAAACGUGUGAAAAUGUGGAGGGGAAGGGGGCUUUUUUGGGGGGGUCGGUGGCCUUAUUGUUAGUCGGGUUGGUGGCGGUUAAGGUUGUGGCGUAAGGGGAGUUAGCUUGUUGUUUUAUUGUUGUUGUUACCAUUAUUUAAAUGAUUGUGGAGAGUUUAAUUGUGCAAAUUAAAUAUGUAUGUGCAAUUAUUUUUAUUAUUUAAAUGAUUGCGAAGAGUUGGUGUAUGUAUGUAUAAUUGUGCGAAUUAUCUAUGUGUGUGGGUGCAAUUAUUUUUUGCACGGAGGUAUUUAGAGCUACAGCCAAAAAUGUGUAAUAGUCAUGUAAUCACGUGUCCCGAGCUAAUUAGUGUAGGUAAUUUUAAAGAUGGGAAAAAAUCAUUGUUUUAAUAUUUUAAAUUUAAUUUAAAUAAUUUAAUUUUCUUGUUCAUCUAUUGAUUUGAAAUAAUUAGUUUUGUUUGGAGAAAUAAUAAUACAAAAA